UCCAUCGGGAAAAUGGCUGCUUCGGCAGCAGCGGCGGCUUCUUCCCCGGGGUUGUGCCCAAGCUUCGCCGUGAUCUGCUCCUUUUUAGAGAGAUAUGGACCCCUAUUGGAUUUACCCGAACUCACAUUUCCACAGCUGGAGAGAUAUCUCCAGGAGAACUCCUCAGUUCCUAAGUUGCUGGUUGACCUCCACGUGAAGUUGCUGAGGAAGAUUGGCAAGUCCGUGUCAGCAGACAGAUGGGAGAAGUAUCUUGUGAAGAUAUGCUCGGAGUUCAACCUCACUUGGGCAUGGGAACUGGAAAAGAAGGGUUACAAGGACAUGACGGUGGAGUGCAAGACAGGCAUUCUGAAAUAUCUUUGUGAGUGCCAGUUUGACGACAAUGUCAAGUUCAAGACGGCCGUCAAUGAUGAGGACCCGGACAAGAUGCGUCUGCAGCCCAUCGGGCGAGACAAGGAUGGCCUGAUGUACUGGUUCCAGCUUGACCAGGACCACAAUGUGCGCGUCUACAUUGAAGAACAAGACGACCUGGACGGCUCAUCAUGGAAGUGCAUCGUGAGGAACCGUAAUGAUUUGGCGGAGGUGCUGGCUCUUCUGAAGACUCAUAUUGACCCUUCACUUCUGGUCAAGAAGGAUGGGGAGGAAGACGCCACCGCCAACCCAGAGGAUGCGGAAAAGAAGGCGGAGGACAAUGGAGAGGUAAAGAAGGAGGAAGACUCAGAAAACGAUGAGGAUAAAGCAAGCAAAGAAAACAAAUCACCAGUGUCUCCCAAGACGGAGAGUCAAACAGACAGCACAGUCAAGGAGACAACGAAGCAGACGGAUGAGGAUGGGAGCUCUGAGAAAGCGAAAGGGUCAGCUGUAAAAGAGCCAGACUCGGCCGCAUUAGCCUCGGAGAAACCUGUUGACGAGACAGAGAAAGAGGAUGUCAGCAGCACCGUGAAGUCAGCAACAAUCAAGGAAGAGCCCAUGGAGGUAACCACGGCGACCACAGCAAUCAAAGCCGUGUCGGAGGCCACUGGUGCUAGUAAGCCCAGCGAGACGAUAGCGGCGAGUACGGAUCCUACGGAGGAGGCGAAGAGGAAGACGGCCGAGGAGAUCCAGAGAGCCAUCAAGAGCGACCAGCAGGCCAAGAUCCCGCUCAAGAAAAGGGAGAUGAAGCUGAGCGAGGGUUUAAAUAGUGGCAAUGGUGGCAGCAGUGUUGCCGGCAGUGUUGCCGGCAGUGUUGCUGGCUCGAGUGUCAUUGUGGCUAACACAUCAAUCGCUGCUGCCUCCGUUGUCAAAGAGACGACCAGGGAGGUAAUGAAUGGCGAUCAGGUGAACGGGGACGUUCAGUCAUCUAAGCUGGACGAGAGCGGUACGAAAACGAGUACGAUUAUAACAUCCACAGCUGCAGCUGCAGCAGCAGCAGAAGAGGCCAGGCUGAAGGCACAACGGGAGGAAAAGAUGGACAUCUCAGAAAAAUCAGAGACGGAAAAGAAAUCAGCCAAAUCUGACGAAACGAAGGAUGGUAAAAUAGAAAACGAAAAACGGCCUCCUGCGGCGGAAGAAAAAGUUUCAAGUGCAACGCCUACAGAGGAGCCAAUGGAGGUGGAUAAGCCUCAGGCGACGAGUUGCAUUAAGACCAUUGGUGCACCGCGCGGGGGAAAGUCUGACAAGGACAGGUCUGACGCGCUAACAAAGGACUGCUCAUCCUCGGUCAAAAAAGACAGCGAGCCGUCUUUCACCACCAUCAGAAAGGCUCCGCCCGCGGAGGAGAAAUCUGUGAUCAAAAAAUCUGAUGCCAAGACAUCUGGCGUGUUGGUGGAGAAUCGUGAGAUCACCUCGAAAGACCCGAAAGACAUUCCAAACUCUUCCACAAAGAAAGCCGACUGUUCCAAAGAUUCUGAUACCAGGGAAACUAAGAAAGACACAACAAAAAUGGACGGAGAGAAAGAUCAAGAUAAACAAACAAACAAACCUGCCUCUCCUAAAACAACACAGCCAAUGGUGCCUCCGGAACAGGGCAAAAGUUCUCGUGACUUAACUGAACGAGACAAAAGCAAGACUGAGAAGUCUGCUGAAUCGAGAAGUGUGGAUAAGCCACAAGAUUCUGUUGAAAAACAGAAAGACAAGGGGAUUGAAAGAACAAGCUCUCCCAAGGCAAUUGAUAUGUCUCGUCCGACAGGAGACAGCAGUGUGUCAGAGAAGACCAAUAACUUUUCUAUUAUAAAAGAAACCAAGUCAGCGAUCCUGGCUCAAAAGGCUGAAGAUGCGUCCUCUAAAGAGAGCGGCAAAUCAUCCACUAAAGAAGGUGACAAAUUGUCCAUGAAAGAAAGUGACAAAAAAACUAGUAAGGAAGGUGACAAAGCAGCUAGUAAAGAGGAUGACAAAGCAGCUAGUAAAGAUGGUGACAAAACAUCAGAGAAAGGAAAUGACAAACUGACCUCAAAAGAAAACGACAAAUCGCAUGUCAUAAAAGAACCGGUCACGAGUAUAACGCCAUCUAAGGGAGCGUCUGUCAUCAAGUUGGAUAGAUCAGGAGCGUCUGCUGGUAAAGAAAAACAAACCGUUUCCAGUGAAACGGACAAGCCAUCUCCUACUCAAACUUCCACAAAAUCCAGUUCAUCAGAGGAGAAAUCAAAAUCACAAACCUCAACAGAAACUGUAAAAAAGGAUACAGCUAGAGAAUCCAAGCAAGAUGUUUGUCCUGCGGUGACAGAAAAAUAUUCCACAUUAAAAGAGAAAGGAGACUCGGCAAAGCCGGCUGAUUCUAAGGAGUCAGGAAGUACUACGAAAGAAAUGGAAGAGGAAAAAAGUAGCAAGCCCUCUUCAGCGAAGAAGGAAUUACAGGAGAAAACGAACGAAAAGAAGCCUGUCGGCGAAAAGGAAAAACAAAAGGCCGAAUCUGAAAAAAAUGAGCCGAAGAAAGAUAAUGCUGGAAAAGUAGACGAGAAGGCGGACAGGGCCGACAAGGUGAAGGACAGGACUGAUAAAGCUGAGAAGGUGGAGGAGAAGAACGACGAGGCCAAGGAUGCGGACAAAACAACAGACAAGGGCGACAAGUCGAAGGAGAAAACUGACAAAGCCGAGAAGACUGGAGACAAGAGUGAACAGGCCAAGCAAGGGGUAAAGAGAAAAGCUGAAGUGGAGAAGGAGAACAAGGAAGCGGUUAAAAAGUCACAGAAGGAGACGGAGGACAAAUCCAAAAGGUCUGAAGAAGAGAAGUCCGAUCGAGAUGUUGAAACAGGGAAAGGAAAGAAGGAGGAGUCCAAAAAGCCGGAAAAAGAAAAGGUUGAGGUGAAAAAGGCAGAAGAAAAGAAUGAGGAGUCAAAAAAUCCUGAAGAGGAAACCGAUCGAGAUGUUGAAACAAGGAAAGGAAAGAAGGAGGAGUCCAAAAAGCCGGAAAAAGAAAAGGCUGAGGUGAAAAAGGCAGAAGGAAAGAAGGAGGAAGCCAAAAUGCCUGAAAAAGAAACCGAUCGAGAUGUUGAUACAAAGAAAGGAAAGGAGGAGUCCAAAAAGCCGGAAAAAGAAAAGGCUGAGGUGAAAAAGUCAGUAGGAAAGAAGGAUGAAACCAAAAUGCUUGAAAAAGAAACCGAUCGAGAUGUAGAAACGAGGAAAGGAAAGAUGGACGAGGCCAAAAAGCCAGAAGAAGAAACCGAUCGAGAUGUUGAAACAAAGAAAGGAAAGGGGGAGUCCAAGAAGCCGGAAAAAGAAAAGGUUGAGGUGAAAAAGGCUGAAGGAAAGAAGGAUGAGGCCAAAAAGCCUGAAGAAGAAACCGAUCGAGAUGUUGAAACAAAGAAAGGAAAGAAGGUGGAGUCUAAAAAGCCGGAAAAAGAAAAGGUUGAAAUGAAAAAGGCAGAAGGAAAGGAGGAUGAAGCCAAAAUGCCUGAAAAAGAAACCGAUCGAGAUGUUGAAACAAGGAAAGGUAAGAAGGACGAGCCCGAAAAGCCUGAAGAAGAAACCGAUCGAGAUGUAGAAACGAGGAAAGGAAAGAAGGAGUCCAAAAAGCCAGAAAAAGAAAAGGUUGAGGUGAAAAAGGCAGAAGGAAAGUAUUCAUGCACAGAGCCAAGCUCCAAGAAUAAACCGCCUCAAAAGGAGGAAGGGGAAAAGAAGUCUACAGCAGAGAAGAAUUUAGCAAAGGACGGACAAGCAGACAAGGAAACGGAUGACGCCACCAAGGAGAAGAAAGACGACGGCUCAGUCAGCUCUGAGGAAAACAAGGAAAAAGACAAAGACAAAAACGAGGACAAGGAGGAGGAGGAGAAGGAGAAAGAAGAAAAAGAUAAGGAGGGAGAUGAAGAAGAGGAAGCUGACAAAUCGGCAACCAAAGCCACCGGUGAGGAUCCGGUCGUAGACGAGAGCUUGCGUCUAAAGAUCCGCACCGCAGCCCAGCGCAGGAAGAUGGAGCACCAGGCGGCCCACCGCAGGAAGGCCCGGCUGAUCCGGGAGGAAAGGGAGAGGCAGCAGGCCCUCGCAGCGCUCGACUCGGAUCCCGAGGGGGUCGGGCAGGACGGAGGUGGGCGAUGCCUCAGGAGGUCCCCCCGAAUAUGCCGGCCCACCCCCAAACUGGCCGAAAUACAGGACAGGAGGCAGGACAAGAAACCGGCCACGAUUGCUGAAGAAGGGGAGGAUGAUAAGGAAAAGGGUGACAACAAGGAGGAUGAACAGAAGGAGAAGGAGAAGGAGAAAGAAAAGGAGGAGGAAGAGGAGUCGGAGGUGGAAUGUCCUGUUCCGAAGAAGCCUAGAGAGAAGAAAGUGUAUGCUGACGGACAAACGAAGUCAAAGGGUAGAAGACGGCGGAAGACCAGAUGGUCGAACACUCGGACGCGGCGGAAAAAGAAAGGCUCAGACGACGAGGGUGGCGAUGAUGACCCCGAAAGCGAAUCGAGUGAGGAAGAGGAGACGGAGGAGGAUUCCAGUGAUGAGGACUACAAGGUGGAAAAGAGGCCGAGGAGGACGAAGAACCGCACCAGAGAGCGACACGAGUUCGACUCCGAUACCUCAUCCUCGGACAACCUCCCGCCAAAUGAGGACCCCUGCAAACACUGUGGACUACCAAACCACCCCGAGCUGAUUCUGCUGUGCGACUCAUGCGAUUGCGGCUACCACACAGCGUGUCUCAGACCCCCCCUCAUGAUCAUCCCUGACGGAGAGUGGUUCUGCCCCCCAUGCCAGCACAAACUGUUGUGUGAGAAACUGGAAGAGCAGCUGACAAAUCUCGAUGCUGAACUGAAGAAGAAGGAACGCAAAGAGCGAAGGAAAGAGCGCUUGGUGUACGUUGGUAUCAGUGUGGAGAACAUCAUCACACCAACAAACACGACUGGCAAAGGGGAACAUGAAGGGCAGUGUGGAGAGGUGGAGAUGGAAGAGGAGAAGGAAGAAGUCAAGAAGGAAAAGAAGGAGUCCAAGAAGAGCAAGAACUACGGCCGCCGCUCCACAAGACAAAAGAAGUAUAUAAGCUACAGAUUCGAUGAGUUUGAUGAAGCCAUUGAGGAGGCCAUUGAAGAGGAUCUGAAGGAAGCGGAGGGUGGAGGCGCCGGGCGAGGCAAGGACAUGGCGAACAUCACAGGGCUGAGCAAGGGGAAGGACAUCUCGGUCAUAAUGUCGGAGGACGGCAAGGAGAACGGGAAGGCGGUGCGGCCCAACGCUGGCCAGCGCAGGAAGAAGAGGCGACGUCUUAACGACCUGGACAGUGAUGAGGAUGAGGACGAGGAGGAGAGCGAAGAUGAGUUCAAACUCAGUGAAAGUUCGGAGGAGGAGGAGUUUGUGGCGUCGGAUAACGAGGCGGACAGCGACGCAGCAGUCAAGUCAGACGACGACAGCGACUUUGGCAGCACGGGGGUCGGUUCGCGCCGCUUCAGAGGCUCGGCCUGGGCCAGGCGCACCAUGAAGCGCCGCUACUCGGCCAGACAGCCGCCACGACGCCGGCGACGACCCAAGUGGUACUCGGACGACGAGGAGCUGGAGGAGACAGACGAGGAAGAGGAGGACGAGAUCGUGACUGAGGGCUCCAGUGACUUCAGCGAGAGCGACCUGGACAUGCGUCGGCGGCGCUCGCGGCGCAGCCAGAGGCAGGCCGUCAACUACCGCGAGACGUCGGACUCGGACGGCAGCCAGGCCGCCACCAACCGCGACCGCACCAAGCCCCGGAGGCGCCUCUCCAGCUCCGACAGCAAAGCGAGCUACAGCUCCCGGGACUCUGACGAGGGCGAUCGCGGGGCCAAGCGGCGGCGGAGAGGAGGAGACUCCUCGGACGACGGCGACUCCAAGAAGCGGCGGCGCCAACAAUCGCACAAGCGCCGGCGAGAGUCCGAAGACGAAAACGACAACGACUCGGCCAGCGACGACUCGGACUCCGAGGAGGAAGACCGGCCCGUACGUAAGCGUGUCAACCGCAUCGACUCCGACGACUCGGACGAGGAAGAGGAUAAGGAGAAGAAGAAGGAGGAGAAGGAGGAGCGAGAGCAGCCGAGGCCAGCGUCGACACGCCUGGGGCUGGACGAGGACGAGGAGGCGGCUCUGGUCAAGGGGGCCAACCCGCUGGACUACCUGGUGGUGGACUUGCCCCCCACCAACGGACAGAGCCCCCUGAAGGGGGUGGCUGAGGGGCUGUUGGGCCGAGCCCCUGGUGUGGGUGGUGUUGGAGGUGGGGGGGUGCUGGUGGGGCCAGGGGGGGUGGCUGCGGCCACGGCGGCGGGCCUCAUGGCGCACAUCGGCCCCAAAAACCCGGCCACCGCCACCGCAGUCUCCAUGGGUACUAAUGGGCUGGUGGGCCAGGAGAUGGCAGGGGGGGACGAGGACGAGGACGAUCUGCUGGGAGUCACAGACCUGGUGGACUACGUCUGCAACAGCGAACAGUUGUAGUGGUGGCAGCGGCAUCCGGACAAGAAGCCGAUACUACAAAGCU